GUUUCCAAACGAUUCAGAUUAUCGAGACUAAACUCAGCGCCAUUUUGUCUGUUGGUGUCAUUGAGAAUUUUGGAGGUGCAAAUUGCAGACAAAAUGUUGCGGCUGUGGCCCUUAAGAAGGGUGGCAUCUCUUCAGAAUUUUCUGGCCACUGCAGCACGGUGCAAUUCCAGUGGAUUAGCUGCGGAUAAAGUAGAAGUUUUUAUUGAUGACAAAAGAGUAUUAGUGGAUCCAGGAACCUCUGUUCUUCAGGCAUGUGCAGAAGCAGGUGUAGAAAUCCCUCGAUUUUGUUACCAUGAACGACUUUCUGUUGCUGGUAAUUGUCGAAUGUGUCUCGUGGAGGUUGAACGAUCACCUAAGCCAAUUGCCUCAUGUGCCAUGCCUGUGAUGAAGGGAAUGAAAGUGAAAACUGAUUCAGAAAUGACCAAGAAGGCCAGGGAAGGUGUGAUGGAAUUUCUGUUGAUGAACCAUCCUCUUGACUGUCCCAUCUGUGACCAGGGUGGAGAAUGUGACUUACAGGACCAGUCAAUGGCCUUUGGGAGUGAUAGAAGUAGAUUCACAGACAUAGAAUUUACCGGCAAACGUGCGGUGGAAGACAAAGAUGUUGGUCCACUGAUUAAAACAAUAAUGACACGAUGUAUUCAGUGCACACGAUGCAUCAGGUUUGCCAGUGAGAUAGCUGGAGUGGAUGAUCUGGGAACGACGGGGCGAGGCUCGGACAUGCAGGUCGGGACGUAUGUGGAGAAGAUGUUUAAAUCAGAGCUGUCCGGAAACAUCAUCGACAUCUGUCCUGUUGGGGCGUUGACAUCCAAACCCUAUGCUUUUACAGCCAGACCCUGGGAAACAAGGAGAAUAGAAAGUAUUGAUGUCAUGGAUGCCCUUGGCAGCAACAUUGUGGUAACGAUGAGAACAAACGAAGUGAUGAGAGUGUUGCCACGACUAAAUGAGGAUAUCAAUGAGGAAUGGAUUUCAGACAAGACGCGGUUUGCAUACGAUGGCCUGAAACGACAGAGACUGACCUCGCCAUUCAUCAAGGACAGCAAGGGUCAGCUGGUCCAGACCGACUGGGAAAGUGCCCUCAUUACAGUUGCACAAAAACUGGGUGAUGUCAGUGGUGACCAGGUUGCCGCUGUAGCAGGAGGUCUUGUGGACGCUGAAGCUCUGAUUGCCAUGAAGGAUUUCAUCAACAGACUGGGCAGUGAGGCUCUGUGCACAGAGGAGAUUUUCCCCAUGGACGGAGCAGGAACUGACUUGAGGUCAAACUAUUUAUUGAACACAAGAAUUGCUGGAGUGGAAGAAGCUGAUGUGUUACUUUUUGUUGGAACUAAUCCACGUUUUGAGGCACCUCUCUUUAAUGCUAGAGUUCGAAAAAGCUGGAUUCACAAUGAUUUGCAAGUUGGUCUUAUUGGUAACAAAGUGGAUUUGACAUAUGAUUAUGAGCAUCUUGGUGAUACGGCAAAAACUUUAGAAGAGCUUGCUAGUGGUAAACAUCCUUUUUGCAAGGUGUUGAAUUCUGCGAAGCGACCUAUGAUAGUGGUUGGAAGUUCAGUCUUACAGCGGAAGGAUGGUGCUGCGGUUCAUGCAGCAGUCUGUAAUCUGGCACAGAUGGCGAGAGUCAAGUGUGGAGCCGGGGAGGACUGGAGGGUUCUUAACAUCUUACACAGGGUUGCCAGUCAGGUGGCAGCGUUAGAUCUUGGUUACAAAGCUGGUGUUGAUUAUAUCCGAGAACAUCCACCGAAGGUGAUCUUCCUCCUGGGAGCUGACGAGGGAGCCGUCACUCGAGACACCUUGCCUAAAGACUGUUUUAUUGUUUAUCAAGGUCACCAUGGUGAUAUGGGAGCCCAAAUGGCCGAUGUAAUUUUACCGGGUUCUGCGUACACCGAGAAGGAUGUGACGUAUGUGAACACAGAGGGUCGCGCUCAGCUCACCCGCACUGCAGUCAGCCCGCCCGGCUUGGCUCGUGUCGACUGGAAGAUCAUUAGGGCUUUGUCCGAGAUUGCUGGUGUGACACUUCCAUAUGAAAAACUGGAUGAAAUUCGCCACAGGUUAGGAGAGGUGGCACCCAAUUUGACUCGAAUUGGAGAUGUGGAAGAGGCUAAUUAUUUUAAACAAGCACAGGAACUUGCUCAGCUGGUAAAAGAACCAUUACUUCAGGACUCCCUGUCGUCUCCAAUGCAGACUCUGAAAGACUUUUACAUGACCGAUUCCAUCUCACGAGCCUCCCAGACGAUGGCCAAAUGUGUCCAGGCAGUUUCGCAACAGACGAAGUACUGAGUGACCGAUUAGAAUAAUAUAUAUUUUUUAUUUACCACCUUGUCUUGUGUUAGUCAACCACAGCAUGCUUGUCAGUAAUGUUCGUAGGAAUAUAGCUGGAACAUUGUGUUGCUUUGUUCUUUACAUACUGGGUAAAACAUCUCAUCAAGUUUUGUAAUAUCUUAAUCAAGCACAUGGAUUUUACUUUGGCAGAUGAGUUGGUAAAGAUCAGAAAUUUAACAUUCUGUUUAAGUAUGCAGUUUUAAAAAUUUACCGAGACAUUUGAAUUUAUUGGUGCAAGCAGAAAAAAAAAAAAAAACAGUCAUUGGAACAAUGAAUACUACUGUGUAGAAUCGUGGAAAAUAUUUUGGAUUGACAGGUCUGUAGGAAAACGAAAUAUGUUGGUUUGACAAGCAUGGUUCUCUGAUAGUUUGUAAUAGUAAACCUUUUGUACAGAAUGCAAAUAUGACUGCAGCUUGAGAAAGCUCAAUAACACAGGCACUGUGCCACUUGCCAGAUUUCUAACGGGAAUAACUGAAGGAUAAUGUUGCUACUUGUUUGGAUAUUGCAGUGUUGCUAUAAGUAAAUUAAAUCAACAAUAUUUCACUGUAAAAGUCCUUGUUUUUAUCAUCAGGUUUAAUGUUUAGUAUUUGCUGUGAAUCAUGUUGCAGAAAAUAAAUAAUAAUGUAUAUAACGCACUAAAAAAACCCAACCCCAACAGUUAUUGACUCUGUACAAAUAUAUUGUGUGUAAAUAUUUUAAGUAUUGAUCGAAUGUUUUGAGUGCUAUAGUUAACGUAAAAAAACAAAAAACAAAAUGUGGAGAACAUUAAAUAUUUAAUACUA